AUCUUCUCGUAGAGGUUCCUUCCCGUGACGUAGGCGCUAGGCCCUGAUGCUACACGCGGGAAACGAAGUCUGCGGAUCACACCGAAGGGGCUUUCACCUUUAUUAGUAAAACAUUCUUCGUCUGUUGUCGAGAUGGGGGACACGCUGGAGUUCAACGAGAUUUACCAAGAGGUCAAGGGAUCCUGGAACGACGGGCGCCUGCGGCUCGCCAAGCAGAACGUGGUGUACAAGAGCAGUAAGACAGGCCGCGUGGACAACAUCCCGGCGGCGGAGCUGAGUGCGGCCCAGUGGCGUCGUGUGUGUCUGGGCCACGGCAUCAAGCUGAGCACCAGCUCGGGACACGUCUACAAGUACGACGGCUUCAGGGACACGGACUUUGAGAAGAUGUCGGAGUUCUUCAAGGCCAACUACAAGGUGGAGCUGACGGAGAAGGACAUGUGUGUCAAAGGCUGGAACUGGGGCACAGCAAAGUUCUCAGGUCCUCAGCUGGCGUUUGACGUCAACGACAGCACGGUGUUCGAGAUCCCGCUGAACAGCGUGUCCCAGUGCGCCACGGGCAAGAACGAGGUCACCCUGGAGUUUCACCAGAACGAUGACGCAGAGGUGUCCCUCAUGGAGGUCCGCUUCUACGUGCCCCCCGGCCCCUCCGACGAGGGCCAGGACCCCGUCGAGGCAUUCGCCCAGAACGUUCUCUCCAAGGCGGACGUCAUCCAGGCCACCGGGGACGCCGUGUGCGUCUUCAAAGAGCUGCAGUGCCUCACACCCAGAGGAAGGUACGAUAUCCGCAUAUACCCGUCGUUCCUCCACCUCCACGGGAAGACAUUUGACUACAAGAUCCCCUACACCACCGUGCUGCGGCUCUUCCUGCUGCCCCACAAGGACCAGCGGCAGAUGUUCUUCGUGAUCAGCCUGGACCCGCCCAUCAAGCAGGGCCAGACGCGAUACCACUUCCUCAUCCUGCUCUUUUCCAAAGAGGAGGACCUCAGCCUCACCCUCAACAUGAGCGAGGAGGACGUGGAGAGGCGGUUCGAGGGGAAGCUCAGUAAGAACAUGUCAGGCUCGCUGUACGAGAUGGUCAGCAGAGUGAUGAAGGCCCUGGUCAACCGGAAGAUCACUGUGCCCGGGAACUUCCAGGGCCACUCGGGGACACAGUGCAUCACCUGCUCCUACAAGGCGUCGUCGGGGCUGCUGUACCCCCUGGAGCGCGGCUUCAUAUACGUGCACAAGCCGCCCGUCCACCUGCGCUUCGAGGAGAUCUCCUGCGUCAACUUCGCCCGUGGCACCACCACCACGCGCUCCUUCGACUUCGAGAUCGAGACCAAGCAGGGCAACCAGUACACCUUCAGCAGCAUCGAGAGAGAGGAGUACGGCAAGCUGUUCGACUUUGUCAACGCCAAGAAGCUGAACAUCAAGAACCGCGGCUUCAAAGAGGGGCUGAAGGGAAACAAAGACGAGUACAGCGACUCGGACGAGGACCAGCACGACGCCUACCUGGAGAGGAUGAAGGCCGAGGGCAAGAUCAGGGAGGAGGCCAACGACAGCGAGGAGUCGGACGGCGAGAGCGAUGAAUCCUUCAACCCUGGAGAGGAAGACGACGAGGUGGCAGAAGAGUACGACAGCAACGCGUCGGAGAGCGACAGCAGCGAAGGGGAGGGGGGCAGCGACCAGGAGGAAAAGAGCAAGAAGAAGGCCAAGAAGCCCAAGGUGGUGAAGGAGAAGAAGGAGAGGAAGCCCCGCAGGGAGAAGAAGCAGAAGGACGUGGGCGGGCCCAAGCGGCCCAUGAGCGCCUACAUGCUGUGGCUCAACGCCAGCCGCGAGCGCAUCAAGGGCGAGAACCCCGGCAUCUCGGUCACGGAGAUCUCCAAGAAGGCCGGAGAGAUGUGGAGGGGGCUGGGCAAGGAGGACAAGGAGGAGUGGGACGGUAAGGCUGUGGAGGCGAGGAAGGCGUACGAGAAGGCCAAGCAGGAGUACAACGAGAGCAGCGAGGGAGUCUCCGCCCUGGCCGCCAAGAAGGAGGCCAAGAAGAAACCAGCCAAGAAGGAGGAGAAGAAGAGGAAGUCUGCCGGAGCAGAGAAAGAGAAGGAGCGAGGAGGAGGUGGUGGCGGAGGAGGAGGAGGCGUUGGUGGAGGAGGCAAUGACAGCUUUAAGAGCAAGGAGUUCAUCGAGACGAGUGAGGACAGCGCGUCGGAGACCGAGGGCAAGAGCAAGUCCAAGUCCAAGUCCAAGUCCAAGUCCAAGUCCAAGUCUAAAUCUAAGGCCAAGGCUGAGAGCAAAGAGGAGUCUGAGGAGGAGGCGGCGUCGACCCCCCACAGCUCGGAGCCCGAGGAGUCAGACUGAACACGCACAGAGCGCACACUCUACAGCCAUUAAAUACACAACUCAAGGACCAACCUUUGUACUCCUCUGUGCGUUUCUCCUGCUAAACCCAUCACUGUUUCUUCGCAAUCCAGGCCGCAAGAAAACCGGACUUUGGUUACACGCUCAUUUCCUGCUUUUUUAGUUUAUUGAAUUCCAUUCAAAAUGGUUCCUUUGAAUGACAGCCGUUAAAAAGAGCUUCUCACAACUUUGAUAUGAACUAAUUCUGGAGUUGUGUUAUCCUGCUGUCAUCGCUACAAACGGCUCCUCAAACAACCCUUAUUGAAAGGUAGUUGUCAUGGGGACCAGGGGUUGGUUUUAGAAUUAUAGCGUUGAAGAACUGCAACAGCUUUUAGAAGGUGUGUGCUGGGUAGGAGCACGAUGAGUAGCUGUUAUGUUUGUUUCUUGUUUCAAUGUCAGAACUUGAAUCCAACCCAGUGGGGGUCUGGUGUUUUUUUUUUUGUUGGUUUUUUUCAGACUGAUUAAAUGAUUUUUUUC